AUGAGUAAUGGAGAUAAAAGUUGGAUGGGUCUUCGAAGAUCCUCUGAUGAGUAUAUCUGCAGAGUGAAUAAUUUUCUUGAUAAGGCAUGUGAACGAGCUUCCCAAGGAAAUGAAAUAUUAUGCCCUUGUAAAAAGUGCGCUAAUUGUAGUUGGCAUUAUAGAAAUGUGGUGGAGGAUCAUCUGGUUGCUUAUGGGUUUGUUCAAGGAUACACCAGAUGGAUUUUUCAUGGGGAAGGGUUUUCGAGAAAUAAUCCACAUCGAAGCAGUGAUGAUGAAGGUUCUGAUAUGCAUGAUGAUAUUGAUGGACUACUUCAUGAUACUUUUAGAAAUGUUGAGGGUGACUUCAGACACGAUGAAGGAGUGAGAGAGGGGCCAUCUGAAGAUGCAAAGAGAUUUUUCAAAUUAGUGGAGGAAGGGAAACAAGAGUUAUAUCCGGGGUGUGAGAAUUUCUCUAAACUGAGUUUUACCAUUCGGUUGUACUUGUUAAAGUGCAUUCAUGGGUUGAGUAAUGUGGCCUUCACAGAUAUUCUAGACUUACUGAAAGAGGCAUUCCCAUUUGCUCAGUUACCCGAGUCUUUUUAUAAGGCGAAAAGUAUGAUAAAAGAUUUGGGUCUUCAUUAUGAAAAAAUGCAUGCAUGUCCUAAUGAUUGCAUGUUAUUUUGGAAUGACAACGAGAAGGCGGAGAAUCGUUCUGUGUGUGGGUCUUCGAGAUGGAAGAAUGUUAUUAAUCCCUUGACUAAUGCAAGCUCAAAAGUCCCUGCAAAGGUUUUAAGAUACUUUCCCUUAAAACCUAGGCUUAAGAGGAUAUUCAUGUGUUUUGAAACAGCUGCAGCUAUGAGAUGGCAUGCUACUGAACGACCCAAUGAUGGAAAUUUAAGACAUCCCGCUGAUGGUGAAGCUUGGAAAGAUUUUGAUUCCUUGCAUGAAGACUUCGCUAGAGAUCCUCGUAAUGUUAGAUUGGGUCUUUCAAGUGAUGGUUUCAACCCAUUUCGAACCAUGAGCAUUUCCCAUAGCACGUGGCCUGUUAUGUUAAUGAACUAUAAUUUAUCACCAUGGAUUUGCAUGAAGCCAGAGUAUAUAAUAUUGUUUAUGAUCAUUCCUGGUCCGUCAUCUCUGGGAAAGGAUAUAAAUGUGUACCUACAACCACUAAUUGCUGAAUUGAAGGAACUAUGA